AUGCCUCUUCCUACUGAUACCGCGCGAGCUCCAUCUCGUAAUCGACGUCGAUACAUGCAAGGCAGUGCAAGAUCAAAAACUAUCGAGCUGGGAACCCUUUCCGAGAUUGAAGAAGACAUCUAUCAUAACAAAGAAGGAUAUGAGGAACCUGAUGGAAAAGUAGUCUCAGCUGCAGAUGCUAAUGGUACAAUACGUCGUCCGACAAACGGUACAGUUCGAAGCAUAGCUAGACAUUUGAGUGAACGGCAAAAAAUCGAAAGAGCAAAAGCCGCCGCCGUCAUACCUGUUGCACCAUUGCCACCACCUCGCAAUGAAGAACAUAUGCAUCCUGGUAUCAGCCAUGAAGAGGUGGUGACGUCUGUAAAAUUACGUCAAAUUCCCUGUAUUCACUUGGGUCACCGAACUGUUCGAUGCAUUUCUGAACACACUGAUUUUAGAGGGGUAAGCUUUACUUGGUUGUUGAAUGUUGAAUGGUUGUUGCAUUGAAU